AUGCUGCAAAGCGCCAGUCUUUUGCUUGUCGCGCUCCUUGCGGCACUGCCUGUCAAUGCCGAUGGACUAUACACCAAGAAUUCCCCGGUGAUCCAGUUGAAUCCCAAAACCUACAAAUCGCUGAUUGCGAAUUCGAAUCAUACCUCACUCUCUGCCUCUCCCCUCCGACCUUCACUCACAUUUUCACUCAGAUUCUACGCGCCCUGGUGCGGUCACUGCAAAAACCUCAAGCCCGCCUACGAAAAAGCCGCAAAGAACCUCGACGGACUCGCAAAAGUCGCCGCGAUCAACUGCGACGAUGACGAAAACAAACCCUUCUGCGGACAGAUGGGUGUCCAGGGCUUCCCGACCUUGAAAAUCGUGACCCCUUCCAAAAAGCCCGGAAAGCCCCGUGUCGAGGACUACCAAGGCGCGCGCACCGCCAAAGGUAUCGUCGACGCAGUCGUCGAUCACAUCCCCAACCACGUGAAGCGCGCAACCGAUAAGGACCUGGACAAAUGGCUUGGACAAAACGAGGACCGGCCCAAGGCCAUCCUCUUCACAGAGAAGGGCACAACUGGCGCGCUGAUCCGUGCCCUGGCAAUCGACUUCCUCGGCGCCAUUGAUAUCGCCCAAGUCCGGAACAAGGAAUCCGCCGCUGUGAGCAAAUUUGGCAUCACUGAGCUCCCGUCACUCGUCCUUAUCCCCAGCGCGGACGCCGAGCACAAACUCUACACCGGCGAGCUGAAGAAGAAGCCCAUCACCGAGUUCCUGAGCCAAGCGGCAACACCCAACCCCGACGCGUCGCCCCGUUCCGUCUCAGACAAGCCCAAGCCGAAAUCAAAGUCAAAGUCCAAGCCCGCUUCCAAGCCUACCUCUGUCGACGACGACGCAGAAGACCUCAAACCUACCGCCCAGGAGGACCAAGACACAACAGAUCCCUCCGCCAAGCCUGUUCAGGUCCCUAUCCUAGUACCCCAAAUCCCAACACUCUCCACUCCGGAGUCCCUCGAGGCAGCCUGUCUGGCACCAAAGUCCGGCACUUGUGUGCUAGCCAUCCUCCCCGAGGCGAGCGAGCCCGAUGCCGCACUCCCAGCGUCUGCUACCGAGGCGCUCGCAAGCCUCGCUGAGAUCGGCCACAAGCACGCCCAGCGCGGAACGCAUCUCUUCCCGCUGUAUGCUGUCCCUGCUAUCAACGCUGGGUCUAAGACUCUUCGUGAGGCGUUGGCGUUGGCGGAUGGCCAGACGGUCGAGAUUAUCGCGUUGAAUGCGCGUCGCGGCUGGUGGCGUCGGUUCAGCGGCGCCGAUGCGGACUUUGGGGCUGUUGCGGUUGAGUCUUGGGUUGAUGGUAUUCGCUUGGGUGAGGGUGCUAAGGAGAAGUUGCCCGAGGGUAUUGUUCUCGGUGGCGAGGCUGAAGCUGAAAUCAAGCCUGAGGUGGAAGCUGAGGUUGAACCUGAAGCUGAGGCAGUCGAGGCAGAGGCUGAGAUUAAGGCUGAGGCUGAGGAGCAGGCCGUGGAGCAUGAUGAGUUGUGA